AGAAGAGAUGUCAUGCUGCAUUCCUGGCUGUUAGUGCCAAUUAUGCUCGGCUGGUCUCGCGAUGUCCUUUCUGUAGAAGCAAACUGUAACCCAGAAAUGUGUGCACAGAUCAGACACCUGCGGCAGCCCUAAAAUCUGCAGCACAGCUCCUAGAAUAGCAACAGCCAGGAGCAGAAACACUGGAGCAAGUGGUAUUGCAGAGAGGAUUCGCCACCCCGUCUGUUGGGGGUAUUGUUUUCUACUAUUGCUGAUGUCCUUUCAAUGGCAGUUCCACCAGGAAGAUAAUUUUCGUGCACCUGGCUUUUGGUUGUAUUUUCCUGGAUUAUCGUUUGACUGAGGACUCGGCUCUUUCAUCCCCUCUUCCCCGUAGCUCUUUGCGUGCAGAGGCACUAGAGAAAGUUGAUUUGUAAAAUGUCUUUUAAUGAAGAGAGAGGCUCCCGGAGAGCAGUAGAGCAAUGGUUAUGAAACUGUGGGUUUUAUUUGCCUUUUUUCUGUUAAGCAUGGCGUGGAUUUGUGAAUGCGAAGGAUCUUGAGGGUUUUUUUGCCUUCCAUCUUUUACGUGCCUUAGUGCAACUCAAGUAACUUACUAACAUUUUCUAUUAAACCAUAUAAUACUUUGGCAGCCCUUUGAUAGUUUGUGGUUCCCUCGUAACAAUCUAUACAGCAGGAGGUAAAGGUGGAAUCCUGGUAUUAGACAGAGGUAUGAUUUGCACGGUAUGCUAACUUGCUUCAGUCCACUGGGACCAUUCUCUUCUUCUAGCCUACAAACUAGUUUCAGCAUUGAGUGACGCCGAGCAAUAUAAGCGCUCUCUUUGGGCCCCAGUAACUGGAAGUGCACAGUUGUCUGACUCCGAUAGUAGGGGAUUCUGUACCAAUGUGGAGACCAUAUGAACCUCUGAUUGGACCCCACCAUUUCCUGUUGUAUGAAGGAGGGUGCUUUGCCCCAGGGGAACAACUUCUCUAGGCUGACAUGGCAAUGAUGAGAUCCGACUUGGGCAUUAUGAAGAUCCUUCACUUGAAGAAGAGAGGCUGUUUUCUGCUGAAGCUUUUGUGUCUGGUUGUCUUGGUGUUAAUCUUUUGUGAAUUCUUAGUUUAUUAUGUGGUGAUAUUUCAGUGUCAUUGGCCAGAAGUUAAAAUAGAAGCUCACAGGAGCAGCAAACAGUCUUCGGCUUCUGUCUUGAAGGCCAUGUUUUUAUCUGAUACCCACCUGCUUGGUGAAAUCAAAGGGCACUGGCUAGACAAAUUAAGAAGGGAAUGGCAAAUGGAGAGAGCCUUCCAAACUGCCUUGUCAUUACUGGAGCCAGAUAUUGUUUUCAUCCUAGGAGACGUCUUUGAUGAAGGAAAGUGGAGCUCCUCCCAGGCCUGGGCAGAUGAUGUCAGGCGGUUUCAGAAAAUGUUCCGACAUCCAGUUCGCACUGAGCUAAUGGUUGUUGUUGGCAACCAUGACAUUGGCUUUCACUACGAAAUGACCACUUACAAGUUAAAACGGUUUGCAAAAGUUUUCAACUUCACCUCAGGAAAGCUAAUAACCCGGAAGGGGGUAAAUUUUGUCAUGGUGAACAGUGUUGCCCUGGAUGGUGAUGGGUGCGCUGUCUGCAGCAGGGCAGAGGCAAAGCUCAUGAAGCUUUCUCAUAAACUGAAUUGCUCCCAACAGCAGGAACAGAAUCAUUCCAACAAAAGAUGCAGUGGUGUGGAACAGCUUCCAGCUUCAGAACCAAUCCUUUUACAGCAUUACCCUCUUUACAGAAGAAGUGACGCUGAAUGUACCGGAGAAGAUUCUGCUCUUCCAGAGGAAAAGAACAUCCCAUUUAAAGAAAAGUAUGACGUACUGUCUAGAGAGGCUUCACAAAAGCUGUUAUGGUGGUUUCAUCCCCGUUUGAUUCUGAGUGGCCAUACCCACAGUGCAUGUGAAGUGUUGCAUAAUGGGAAGAUUCCAGAAAUCAGUGUCCCAUCAUUUAGUUGGAGGAACAGAAACAACCCUAGUUUCAUCAUGCAUCUUGUGGCAUGGGGAAAAGAAACUCAAAUCUCAUUACUCUUUGGUUUACACUCUUUAGUCCAUAGACAACAACACCAAGUCCCUUCUCAAUCCAUGUAUUUUAUUUAACUGUUGGCAUGUUUCUUUUGCUAAGUAGUCCUGCUUUUACCAGCUGCUACCUAUCCAAUCAAGUGCUUGUGCCUAUUCUAUUUUCCUUAAAGUGGUUGCUAUCAAACCAUGCACAUUACCUUUGCAACAUGUCUAGUCUCUAGUGCUAUAGGGUGUGGACUGACUGCAUGGUAUUGGUACUAUAUUAGUCCAGGUCCUGCAACCUAAUGCAGAACUUAAACAUCACAGCUGUUUUUGAUGUAGACUCACUAAACCUAUACCCAACCACAUGAUGGCCUUUCUUUCUUUUUCAGGGCAGCAUAACACCAACCGACUUCUCCCUCUACAAGUGUUUCCUUCCACUUGAGAGCAGAGUUGUUACUAUAUACUGUAUAGCAGGGGCUCUACUUGGGGUACUGAUACUAGCUCAUCUUCAACUUCUCAAUCCACCUUUUUAUUUUGCUCAGCACUUAAUCAGGAAGCAUAAAGCAGUAUGAAGAGCCAGACAUCUGCAUUCAGUUACUGAAAUACCAAAGCUGAG